GCCCGGACCCCCCUAGAAGACAUGGACGAAUCCGCAAACUUUGGGGAACUUUUGUGCCGGUGCCAAGUACCCUCUCACGGCGCCAGUGGUUCCCAUGGAUCGGGCACGUUCUUACCGGCAAUGCUGUGGCGAUAUCGGCAUGACAGGGCAGUAGACAAGUCACGGAUUCCUCGGUAGUGGGGCAGCCACAGGACCGGCCUCACAAAGCAGUAGGUAAAAAGAAGACAAGAUGUCAACUCAAAUAGGACAGAUCAAGCAAAUGGAGAGGGACCUCAAGGGUCUGAGGAAGAGCAAGUUGAUGUCACACUUUGAGUUUGUGGAGAUGUACAAUGCGAUAGAACGACAUCAUAACGACGUCCGUCUCGCAUCCCUCACCAGCAAGGAACGCGACCUCAAGGUUCAACAACAGCAAGACUCAGCCUUCUUCACCAUCAUUCUCAGUAUGAUGACUGAGGUUAACAGGGCUGGUAACGACCAGCUUCAGCAGUUGAAGAGAGUUCACCAGUGGUACAGGGGGAACAGGAAAGUCCUCAACUCACAGCCGCAUUUUGAACAGGCCUACAGAGAGCUGCAGGGAAAACUGGUGCUGAAGUUUGUGGACCCAGAGAAGGAACAGAAACAAAAGGAAAAGAAGAGGAAAAAAUCACCACAGAGGAAAGAGGAAGAACAGCAAGCUCCUCAAAGAUUUUCUGAGGAAGAAAUUGAGAAGGAGAAGGAUGAGAUCACAAGGCUUGCCGUUCCAUCUCCUGUUCUAGACGGAACCGACACAGAAUCAGUACUGACAUACGAAGAUGAUGAUGUACCCAUAGAGGAGGAUGAUUUGAUACCGGCUACCCCGCCUCCUGACACUGAAGAACCUUUCACUGAGGGAGGAGAGGAAGAGCAGGUGAGGCCAGAAGAGCCAUUACCAGCUCAGCAGGCUGUUACUCCCAUCUCCCGACCCCCAUCCAGCAGAACUGUCCCUUCCCCACCCCCAGCCACUCCCGUCCCCUCCCACCCUGUACCCCCAGCCUCCCCUGCCCCCUCCCACUCCCUCCCCUCUCUGUACAACCCCAUGGGAGCAGGAGUACUGCAUGACACACCAGCUAGAAUUGUCCCCAUUCUAACUGAAGGGGUGAAGACCCCUGCCCCUCCCAGCCGGCCGUGCUCGGCCAGGUCGGGGGUUUCCAUGGCGAGCAGGGCCAGCUCCGCCCACCUGCAGGAGUUCCAGCAGCACAAGGAGAGUCUGCAGAGGGAGCAGGAGGAGGUCGCCAAGGCCAGGUUCAUCGGGAGGGGCGACUCUGCUGUAGGGGUCAGAUGGGCAGCUCAUGACUUAGGAGAAGCUCCCGAGAGAGCCACACCUUAUGUGGUGGCAGCAUACAUGGCUCUGGAGGAUCAGGAGGGAGAGCCACAGAAGGUGUAUGUCCCAAACCUGGUACAGCAGAGUCUGGAGCAGUUCAUGGAGACCACAGACAGGCACAGACCCCCCUCUGGGCUGCCUGAUGGAAGAGCCCCCACCAGGGUUAAGGGGAGCACCAAGGCAGUCAGACUGCAGGCAGCUCCGGAUAGCACCACACAGGGCAGGACAAGGCUGAACAGAGACCGUCGGAAGCCCAAUGUCAGGUUCAAGCAGGUGGUCACUAUGAUGGACCGGGUCAGCAGGAAAAUGGACGUGGAGAGGGAGAAGCUGACCCCUGCCCCGAGGUACGGGUGGAAGUACCCGUCCACUCACAUCCAGCCCUCACGACCAAAAACAGCUCCUGUGGUCAUGGCUGCACCAGGAAGACCACCCUCUCCAAGCUCCACCUACGUUAGUCCUGACCACAGUAACAUGACCACACCCAGGGAGUUUGUCAUGCCCUUCAUCGACUGGAGAGGACAGAUCACACCUCAGGCAUACAAGUACAGCUGGAGAAGUGAUGGCCUGGGAGGGCACACUUACGUACAGAAAGUCAGGAAGCUGCGGGACAAGAUGAAGUCAACAGGGGGCACUCAUGCGGGAAGGAGACCCAAGACUGCUCCAGACGUGUCUGUCAAAGAGAGGUGGAAAACAUACUCAGAGAAAGACCAGAACGUGCGCAUCCCACAGGCAGCUAGCCACGAGACGACUACCAUCAAUCAGGUGGCUGUCAGCCAGCUGGUGCAUGUGCAGCACCUGGGACAACAAACAACAACUGCAGGUGCAUCAAGAAUAAAGAAAAGGGUGACACUGCCAUGGGAAGAGGAGGAUGAACCCAGCCCAGGAACCAUGGAGUACAUGAAGUUCAGCAAACCCAUGAAGCUGUCUGCUCCCAGGCCUGUGUCAGGUCGGGGGUCAGCAGGGCCUCAGACGUCCCGCGUCUCCACCCCCCUCCCACCCCCUGGGGAGGCAGGACUGGACAGGGAGGAGGGGACUGUGUCUGACUCACUGGACCCCAGCCAGAUCCUGCCUAUAGGAUCCAUGUUGGACCAUCUCAGUGCCAGUUUCCAUGACGACGGGCGGAGCUUCAGCAGAACUAAGACAGACAGUGAGAGGCAAGACAGGUCCACUUAUAAAGACUCGUUCAGUGACCAGUCAAUACCACUGUCUGACAAUGAUAGCCAGAAACUCUCUGAAGAAGACAACGACAGUCAGAAGCUGUCUGAAGAUGAGGAUGAACCUGCAGAUGGUGAUGUGGAAGAUCUGCACGAUGCAGACA